UUCUACAUCGAACAGGUCAAGGGCAUGGCCGAGUUCAAGCUCACGACGCUCUACGUCGACUACCAGCACCUCCUCGACUCGCACGACCUGCUCGCUCGCGCCAUCACGCAGCAGUACUACCGGUUCCUGCCCUACCUCCGCCGCGCGCUGCAGAACCUCGUCAAGACCUACGUGCCCGACUACCUGUACACCAACUCGCACGUCGCGUCGACGGCGGCGGCCGGCCUGUCGGUCCGCCAGUUCAGCAUCGCGUUCUACAACCUGCCGCUGGUCGAGGGCAUCCGCGACAUGCGCACCGACAAGAUCGGCAAGCUGUGCGCCCUGAGCGGCACCGUCACGCGCACGAGCGAGGUCCGCCCCGAGCUCACGUACGGCACCUUCACCUGCCUCGUCUGCCACGGCACGGUCCGCGACGUCGAGCAGCAGUUCAAGUACACCGAGGCGCGUCCCCUCUCUCUCUAUCUUGCGCGCACGAGGACCUCGAGACUGACCUUCGCUGCCCCCCCUUCACAGCCGUCGCUCUGCCCCAACAUGACCUGCAACAACCGCACGGCGUGGAAACUCAACAUCGAGCAGUCCAAGUUCUCCGACUGGCAGAAGGUCCGCAUCCAGGAGAACCCGAACGAGAUCCCGACGGGCUCGAUGCCUCGCUCGCUCGACGUCGUCUUGCGGGCCGAGAUCGUCGAGCGCGCCAAGGCCGGCGACAAGUGCAUCUUCACGGGCACCUUUAUCGUCGUCCCGGACGUCGCCGCACUCGGCUUGCCCGGCGUGAACGCCCAGAUGAUGCGCGAGAACCAGGGCGGGCGCGGCAACACGGGCGCCAUGGGCGGCAACAUGGGCGUCAGCGGGCUCAAGAGCCUCGGCGUCAAGGACCUCACGUACAAGACGGCGUUCCUCGCGUGCAUGGCGACGAGCGCAGAAGCGAGGAGCUCGGCGACCAACAUCCGCUCGGACGACCAGGGCGUCGAGGAGAACCGCAAAGAGUUCCUCGAGAGCCUCACGCGCGAGGAGGUGCAGCAGCUCGAGGCCAUGGUCCGCAGCGACCACAUCUACUCGCGCCUCGUGUCGAGCAUCGCGCCGACCGUGUACGGCCACGAGAUUGUGAAAAAGGGCAUCCUCCUGCAGCUCAUGGGCGGCGUGCACAAGCAGACGCCCGAGGGCAUGCACCUGCGCGGCGACCUCAACGUGUGCAUCGUCGGCGACCCGUCCGUCUCCAAGUCGCAGUUCCUCAAGUACGUGUGCGGCUUCCUGCCUCGCGCCGUCUACACGUCGGGCAAGGCCUCGUCGGCGGCGGGUCUGACGGCCGCCGUCGUCAAGGACGAGGAGACGGGCGAGUUCACGAUCGAGGCCGGCGCGCUCAUGCUCGCCGACAACGGCAUCUGCGCCAUCGACGAGUUCGACAAGAUGGACAUCUCGGACCAGGUCGCCAUCCACGAGGCCAUGGAGCAGCAAACCAUCUCGAUCGCCAAGGCGGGCAUCCAGGCGACGCUCAACGCGCGCACGUCGAUCCUCGCUGCCGCCAACCCUGUCGGCGGCCGGUACAACAAGAAGAUGAGCCUGCGCGCCAACGUCGCCAUGUCGGCGCCCAUUAUGUCGCGCUUUGACCUCUUCUUCGUCAUCCUCGACGAGUGCAACCCGGACGUCGACCUCAAGCUCGCGUCGCACAUCGUCAACGUCCACAUGCACCGCAACGCCGCCAUCAACCCCGAGUUCUCGACCGACGACCUGCAGCGCUACAUCCGCUACGCGCGCACCUUCAACCCCAAGUUGACGCCGGCGGCGUCCAAGCAGCUCGUCAUCCUGUACGGCAAGCUGCGCAGCGAGGACGCGCAAGGGUACGGCCGCAGCUCGUACCGCGUCACGGUCCGUCAGCUCGAGAGCAUGGUCCGCCUCAGCGAGGCCAUCGCGCGCGCCAACUGCACCGAGGAGAUCACGGUGCCGUUCGUGCAGGAGGCGUACAACCUGUUGAGCCAGUCGAUCAUCCACGUCGAGAAGGACGACGUCGACAUCGACUCGGACUCGGACGACGAGGGCGGUCUCGACGGCGCCAACGGCGGCGGCGGCGACGGCGACAACGAUGGCGACGACGUCGGUGCCGAUGCGCCGUCGCCCGGCGCUCGUGCGCGCACGGCGUCGGCGACGCCCGGUCCGGGCCAGGACGCAGCGGCGGCGGCGGCGGCCAAGAAGCCCAAGGUGUCGAUCACGUACGACAGGUACAUGCAGAUGAUGCAGCGCAUCGUCUACAUGGUGUCGGAGCACGAGUCGGCGACCGGGUCGGGCAUGCCCCGGAGCGAGGUCGUCCAGGCGUACCUCGACGGCGUCGAGGAGCAGCUCGGCACGAUCGAGCAGCUCGAGCACGAGACGCAGCUCGUCGAAAAGGUCCUGACCAAGCUCGUCAAGGAGCGGUACCUGCUCGAGCUG